AUGGAGAAAACUACGAGCCAGAGCCGUGGCCACGACCAGGAUCCGGAGGCCAGAGUGACCCGGCAAGACGAGGCCGCGUCCGGGUCGCAGUCGCCGGCGCCGGCGCCGCAAAAAAAGCACUACUCCUUCUACCUGUCGAUCCUAAUGCUGGCGGUGAUUGCACUGAUCGUGUCCUGGGAUGUCACGGCCCUUUCGUUGGCUUUGCCGGUCAUAGCCGACCAGCUGCAUGGGACCAACCUCCAGGCCUUCUGGGCCAACAUCGCCUUCAUUCUCGGCAUAGCCGUCUCCCAGCCCGUCUACUCCAGCAUCUCGGAUGUAGUGGGCCGCAAAUACGUCCUCUACACUUCCAUCAUCCUCUUCGGGAUCGGGUCGAUCGUCUUCGCCACCGCAACAAACAUGGAUAUUAUCGUCGUCGGCCGGCUGAUCGAGGGUCUGGGGUCAGGCGGGCUAGAUGUCUUGCAAAGUAUCAUUCUCUGUGACAUCACGACCAUGAAGGAGCGCCCGUGGUGGCUGGGUGUCAUGUCCAUGGCAAAUGCCGUGGGCGCCGUGACGGGCCCCUUCAUCGGCGGCCAGUUCGCGCAGGUUGGAUGGCCCUGGCUGGGCUGGAUUAACCUCAUCACCGCGGGCGCUACGGGCGUUCUAGCCUUCUUCUUCCUCCAUCUCACUCCGUUAGAAGGGAGCAUCAAUGAGAAGAUCCGCAGACUCGACUGGCUCGGCUUCGCGCUGUUCAUCGUCAUUGGAACAAUCAUUGCCCUACCGCUCAGCUGGGCGGAUACCCUCUACCCCUGGGGCUCAUGGAAGACGCUCCUCCCGCUGCUCAUCGGCCUUCUGCUGAUCGUUCCCUUCGGGUUCGUCGAGAACCGAGCCGUAGCGCCCAUGAUUCCAUACCAGAUCUUCGAUAACAUCUCCAUUAUCACGGGGACCAUAUCCGGUGCGUUCUACGGCGCCCUCCUAAACCCGGUCCUCCUCUACCUCCCGCUCUUCUUCGAAGCUGCCUACCUGGAAACACCGAUCCAAGCGGCCAAAUCCAUACUCCCGCUAUGCUGCCUCGUCGUGGCAAUGAGCAUCAUCGUCUCCCUCCUCAUCGACUGGAGACGCAAGUACCGCAUCACCCUCUGGACAGGCUGGUUCAUCACCGCUAUCUUUCUAGGCCUAAACUACAUGGUUGACGCAGAUUCCACCCGCGCACAAGCCUAUGCUUUCCAGGCAAUCCUGGGCGCCGGACUUGGCACGACUCUCGUGGCGACAAUGAUCACUGUCCUCGCGAGCGUGCGUAACGUCAACGACGAGGGCCUCGCAGCGGGAAUGCUGGUAACAGCGCGGUUCGUGGGAUCCCUUCUCGGCCUGGCGAUCUGCUCGACGGUGUUCAAUUCCAUGUUCGAGCGCGGAAUGUCGCCACUGACCAGGACCGGAACCGAUUUACCCGAGUCCAUUUCCGUGCUGCGCGAUGCAAGUCAGGCGGUGAGGUUCAUUCCGCGGAUGAGGGAAAUUCACGAUGUGGAUGCAGUGGUGAUGCGGGUUGUGACAGAUGCUUAUGAGGAUGCGUUCCAUACUAUCUGGGUGGUUUUGGCGGCGAUUGCGGGAUUGGCAGCGCUACUUUCGUUGAUAACGAGGCAGAAUUCGUUGGAGAAGGAAGAAGUUGGGAGGCAGGGGUGGGAGGUGCCGGAGGGUUCGUAG